AUGUCUUUACCAAAAUCGAACAAUGCCGAAUACAAGGCAGAAAUUGUACAAACUCGAUCUUUCUUACGUUUCUAUGCAGAUCAAGUUCAAUGUCUGAAAUUGGAGAAGGAAUAUCUUGGAAACUUAAAUACUUCAAAUCAUGAAGAGAAGAAGGCGAUGGAUUCCGAAAAUCUUCACAAACAUUCCGAUGCUACUUUGAAAAACCAAACUUCUUUUUAUCCAUUAUGCAUGGCAACGAUGGAUUAUUUCAGACGAGUAUCAAGUUUUAGUAGUGUUGGUAGUAAUGAUCUCGCAUCAUUGGAUUCAUCGUCUUUACAAAAGCCUUUGCUUUGGAUUUCCAAAAGUAAUGAUGAAGAAUAUUAUGAUCAAAGAAAUGGACAAAAGAUUAAGCAGGCUUCCAUAUCGGAAUAUAAUUUCUCUUCGUCAUCCUCUUUAAAUUCAAACAUGAUUCAUUUCAAUCAAUUUCAUUUCAAUUCAUUUUCAGAAAACAAUUCUCUUCAACAAAAUAUGCAACAACUUUCAGACACUUCAUCAUCACUAAUGGAACAACAAAUCGAACAGCAAGAGCAAUAUAUGAAUCAAGUGAGAAGAAGCCGCAUUCGAGAUGUAAUGCCUCAAUUUUUAAAUCGUCUCAGAGAAUGGAAAGCUGCAAAUCAUGGUGCGUAUAAGGAUGUGGAAUCUCAGGAUGAAACGACAAAAAUGUUUGAUAUAUUCUUGGCUGAUGUUCAACACAGACUUGCCAAUUGUUUGUCCAAUAAGAAAAACAAAUGGCAACAAGUGUUGGAAAUGCAUCACAGUGCAAAAGAUCUUCAGAUGAAUGGAAAUGUCACCAUGAAUCAUGAAUUAAUGGCAAAAUUUGCAUUUGCUCAUUGUGGAGCCUCUUAUCACGAGUUACUAUUCAAAGGAAUAAUGAUGAGUUGUGAGAAAUCAUUGAAAUUUUGUUUAGAGAAACAUAAUUUAAGAGAGAAUUUAGAAAAUGAAAAAGUGGGACACAUGUUUGACUGUUCCGAAGAAUUGCUGAAUAGUAGUGCCGAAUGCUCCAAAUUUGCAAAACAACGCAUCUUUGACUUGAUGAAAACACAUCUCAAAUACUGA